GAAUCGUCAACAACGGAUAUGGUGGGUGUCAUCGCGACAACACUGUGCAGCAUGUGUCUGUCGCGCACGUGUAGUGGUGGACGGCGCUUGCUGUUGCCAACUCGGAGGAGCACAGCAGCUGUUGCGGCAGCUUUUACAGCAACAGCAGUCACGGCAGCAACGCCGAUCGCAGCGCUGCACCAGACUCUUCGCACCUACACCAAGAGGGCCAACAAGGAGAAAGGAUUUGUGGAUCUGAGGCGCGUCUUCGUGCGUGGUGGCAAAGGCGGGCUUGGGUGUUUUUCGUAUGAGAACCUGGGCUACAAACGAAAAAGGCGACCUGACGGUGCAGACGGAGGGCGUGGUGGAAGCGUGAAUCUGACAGUGGAUGAAACCGUGGGAUCACUGGAGCACAUCCCAGCUACCAUAUCUGGAAUCACUGGUGGCCAGGGCUCCAGCAACAACAAGCUCGGCGCAAACGCAAAACCCAGAACCAUCAAGGUUCCAGCUGGGACCAUUGUCUACGACGAGGACGGCAAGGUGGUGGCCGAUCUUGAGCGACCGGGCGAGUCAUUUUGUGCAGCUGUCGGAGGGAAGGGCGGCCGCGGCAAUUCUGGUGGCUUGAAGCACACGCGCUGCGUCUCCUUUGAUGACGAGGCGAAACAAGGCACCCCGGGCGAGGAGAAAAGGUUUGUGCUGGAGCUCAAGACGUUGGCUGAUGUUGGGCUUGUGGGCAUGCCCAAUGCGGGCAAGUCCACGUUUCUCAACGCCGUAUCCAAUGCACAUCCCCGGGUUGCGCCGUAUCCGUUUACGACGCUGAACCCGCACCUGGGGGUGGUUGACUUUUCAGACUACUGGCGCAUGCGCGUUGCCGACAUCCCUGGUAUUCUGCCUGGUGCUCACGAGAACAAGGGGCUUGGCCACAACUUUCUUCGGCACAUUGAGCGCAAUGCCGUUCUCCUCUACAUCAUCGACAUCAGUGAAAGCCUUGGGUCGCCGCCUGCUGUGGAAGCGUUUGAAACCUUGCGCGAGGAGCUUCGACUGUAUAAGGCAGAGCUAGCUGAGCGCCCAUUCCUGAUUGCGGCAAAUAAGGUGGACUGCGAGGGCGCGCAGAGCAACCUGGAGCGGCUUCGAAAGCACAUUGGCGCAGACAAAGCGCAGGAGCUCAUCGUUCCCAUGGCCGCGUCCACGGGCGAAGGCGUCGUUGACGUCACCACCCGCUUGCGGGUCAUGGUGGAACAGCUCCAAAAACAACGCAGGCACCGCAUGCAGCAGCCAGGACAGCCCGCAAGCAACACCACAACACCACAGCAGCAGCAACAGAAGCAACAGCAACAGCAACAGCAACAGCAACAACAAAUAAUGCAUGAUGAGGACAAAGAGGAAGAGGAUGCAGACGACGCUGCGUUUCACGCCCAGCUGUUUGCGCCAUCCAAUAAAAGACAAAAAUGAC